GACAAAGAGAGAAGCCAUAAAAGAGACUUUCCCUUCUAGUUUUGCUUAGUUUUCUGCCAAACAUUCAUAUCUCUUUCCUCAUUUUCUUCCUCUUUAGUGAAACUCCACCUCUUUUACUCACAUGUCCACUGAAUUUGAGAAACAUAAAAGAGAAACCAUCUAAAAAAUAACCUUAACUUUCCUUUUUACACUCUCCUAGCUCCAAACUUGAAGGCAAAACUCAAAUCCCUUUUAGUAUUAUCUCCAAUUAUACUCUAAAAAUGGAAGCUUUUCAUCAUGCCCCUAUUAGCUUUCACUUUCCCUAUGCUUUUCCUAUCCCAACACCAACACCAACACCAACAACCAAUUUUCUUGGAACUCCAAAUUCAUCAUCAAUUAAUGGAAUGAUCAACACUUGGAUGGAUAGUAGAAUUUGGAGUAGACUUCCACAUAGGCUUAUUGAUAGAAUCAUUGCUUUUCUUCCACCACCUUCUUUCUUUAGAGCUAGAGCUGUUUGUAAGAGAUUCUAUGGACUUAUUUACUCUACACAUUUUCUUGAAUUGUACCUACAAGUUUCACCUAAGAGAAACUGGUUCAUUUUCUUUAAACAAAAAGUACCAAGAAACAACAUUUACAAGAACAUGAUGAAUAGUAGUAGUACUAAUUCAGGAAUUUGUUCUGUUGAAGGGUACUUGUUUGAUCCUGAUAAUCUUUCUUGGUAUAGGCUUUCUUUUGCUUUAAUCCCACAAGGGUUUUCUCCUGUUUCAUCUUCUGGUGGAUUGAUUUGCUUUGUUUCAGAUGAAUCUGGAUCAAAAAACAUUCUUUUAUGUAAUCCACUUGUAGGAUCCAUAAUUCCCCUGCCUCCAACUUUAAGGCCUAGGCUUUUUCCUUCUAUUGGUUUAACUAUAACUAAUACAUCUAUUGAUUUAGCUGUAGCUGGAGAUGACUUGAUUUCUCCUUAUGCUGUUAAAAACUUAACUACAGAAUCAUUUCAUAUUGAUGGUAAUGGAUUUUACUCAAUAUGGGGUACAACUUCUUCACUUCCAAGAUUAUGCAGUUUUGAAUCAGGCAAAAUGGUGCAUGUACAGGGGAGAUUUUAUUGCAUGAAUUUUAGUCCUUUUAGUGUGCUUUCUUACGAUAUAGGGACUAACAACUGGUGCAAGAUUCAAGCUCCAAUGCGACGAUUUCUACGUUCACCUAGCCUUGUAGAAGGGAAUGGUAAGGUUGUUUUAGUUGCAGCAGUUGAAAAGAGUAAACUCAAUGUGCCAAGAAGUUUGAGGCUUUGGGCAUUGCAAGAUUGUGGGACAAUGUGGUUGGAAAUAGAAAGAAUGCCACAACAAUUGUAUGUGCAAUUUGCUGAAGUGGAAAAUGGACAAGGGUUUAAUUGUGUUGGACAUGGUGAGUAUGUGGUGAUAAUGAUUAAGAAUAAUUCAGAUAAGGCAUUGUUGUUUGAUUUUUGUAAGAAGAGAUGGAUUUGGAUUCCUCCUUGUCCAUUUUUGGGAAAUAAUAAUAUUAAUUUGGACUUUGGUGGUGGUAGUAGUAAUAAUUAUUGUGGAGAAUUUGGAGUUGGAGUUGGAGGGGGAGAGUUGCAUGGAUUUAGUUAUGACCCUAGACUUGCUGCACCUAUUGGUGCACUUCUUGAUCAGUUGACAUUACCCUUUCAGUCAUUCAACUGAUAGUUAAACUGUUUACAAGUGGGGUAUCAGUAGUACUAGUACUAUGAAUAGUUUAAUUUGGUGGUUAAUUAAUUGUAUUUUAGUGUUUAAUUAUCUAGUAAUUAACUAGUGUUUUUAUAUUAGUAUGUGUUUAGUAUGAAGUUUAAUUUGUACUCUACUAUUGUUGGUUGACUUAUUAAUGAGUUUUAACAUUGAUUUGUGCUUA